AUGUGUGAAUUGAAAAUUUUGCAUGGGUUAAUUGUCACAACCCCAACUAUUAAGAGCAUAGUCCCCUUGAGCAAGCUUAUUGACUUCUGUGUAGAUUCAGAAUUUGGGGACAUCAAUUAUGCAUACUUGGUGUUUCGCCAAAUUGAUAACCCUAGCGUUUACAUUUGGAACUCUAUCAUACGUGGUUUUGUUAAUGGUCACAAGCCAAGAAUGUCUAUUCUUGUGUAUGGACAAAUGAUUGAAAAUGGGUAUUCCCCAAAUCACUUUACUUUCCCAUUUGCACUCAAAGCAUGUUGUUUAAUUGCUGAUCAAGAAUGUGGACAAUGCAUUCAUAGCUGCAUAGUGAAAUCUGGGUUUGAAGCUGAUGCUUAUACUGCUACUGGGUUACUCCAUAUGUAUUUGUCUUGUGCAGAUAUGAAGUCGGGACUGAAAAUGUUUGAGAAUAUUCCCAAGCGGAAUGUGGUUGCUUGGACUUGUUUGAUUGCUGGGUAUGUGAACAAUAAUCAGCCAUAUGAAGCUUUGAAGGUGUUUGAAGACAUGAACUGUUGGGGUGUAGAGCCUAAUGAAAUAACCAUGGUGAAUGCUUUGAUUGCCUGUGCUUGCAGUAGAGACAUUGAUACUGGACGUCGGAUCCACCAGCGCAUUCGUAAGGCUGGUUAUGAUCCUUUUGUGUCCACACCUAAUAGUAACAUCUUUCUUGCAACAGCAAUCCUUGAAAUGUAUGCCAAAUGUGGUAGCUUGAAAAUAGCAAGAGACCUGUUUAAAAAAAUGCCCAAGAGAGGCAUUGUAGCUUGGAACAGUAUGAUUAAUGCCUACAAUCAGUAUGAGAGGCAUCAAGAGGCGCUAGAUCUCUUUUUUGAUAUGUGGACCAGUGGCAUUUAUCCUGAUAGGGCUACCUUUCUGAGUGUCUUGAGUGUUUGUUCCCAUCAAUGUGCUCUGGCAUUGGGACAAACUAUUCAUGCUUAUCUGUUGAAAACCGGCAUUGCAACAGACAUUGCCCUUGCUACUGCUCUUCUUGACAUGUAUGCCAAGGCUGGUGAGUUAGGAGGUGCACAGAAGAUUUUUAGCAGUUUGCAGAAGAAGGAUGUGGUGAUGUGGACUAGCAUGAUCAACGGUUUAGCCAGGCAUGGUCAUGGAAAUGAAGCAUUGAGUAUGUUUCAAUUAAUGCAAGAGGAUAGUUCUCUAGUCCCUGAUUAUAUCACUUACAUAGGAGUUUUAUUCGCAUGUAGUCAUGUUGGACUUGUCGAAGAGGCUCAAAUACAUUUUAGACAAAUGACAGAGAUUUACGGUAUAGUGCCAGGAAGAGAUCAUUAUGUUUGCAUGGUUGACCUUUUGAGUCGGGCUGGCCGUUUCAUUGAAGCAGAAAGAUUAGUGGAGACAAUGUCCGUACAACCAAAUUUUGCCAUAUGGGGUGCUCUUUUAAAUGGCUGCCAGAUUCAUGAAAACUUAUUUGUUGCUAAUCAAGUGAAAGUGCGACUAACAGAGCUGGAACCUGGUCAAACUGGGGUUCAUGUUCUUCUAUCUAAUAUAUAUGCAAAGGCUGGCAGGUGGGAAGAGGUAAACGUGACUAGAAAAUUUAUGAAUCAUAGAAGGAUUACAAAGACAAUUGGUCACAGUUGGCUUGAAAUUAUGUAA